AAAACAAAGCGCGAGCGAUUGCUUUCAAACUGAUAAAGAUGGCGGACGGCUCCAAUAGGAAGGAAAACUGUUUUUCCGUCGAACUGAAACUUUUAGAGGCUGAAUACGAAAGAUCUAAGCUACAGGUGUUCCAAGAUACGUUUUUCUGUAAACGGUCUAUAGUAGAAUUAGAACUCUUGUGUAAAAAUGAGCAGCUUAUGAAGAAUGUUCGAGUCAAUAACAAACUCCGAGAACACGAAUGCAGACUGAAGGAGCAGGUUGAAUCCCUGUCAACGGAACUCGAAAACGUCACAAGCCGGCAACAAACCACUCAAAAGACACUCCAGGAUGAAAAAAUUCAGCAUCUUCUGGAAAAGAAAGAACUGGAAGACAGAAUGAAAUCGGAAAUGGAUGGAAAAAUUGAAAAGUACAGAGCCACUUCGAGUAACAAGGAAAAUUUAUUGAAAAGGGAGAUUAAGACCUGGAAGGACAAGCAGAUUCAAGCAUCUAAGGACGCUGAAGAACUCAGGAGGGAGCUGAAAAAGAAAGAAGUUUCGAUGAAGACCAAGGGUAUUCAAGCCAGGACUGAUGUGAACAACGCUUCAACAAUGACUCAGGUUGAUUCUCAAAAGAGUGACGCCUCGACACAAGUUCAAACCUCCGCUUUGAUGAGCGAACUUUUCCAAGGGUCUAACGGCCAAGAGAUUGGCGGAGAUCUGCAAAAUGGGAAUGCGAGUGACAAUGGAAAGAAGGAUGUUGUGAAAGCAGAUAGGAAAAUGAAUAAUCAGAGAGGAAGGAAAAAAGCGGAACCGAGGAAAGAUCAACACAAAUAUGACAGGGGAAGAAAAGCGAAAGAUAAAACUGUCCAAGACAGUAAUAAAGAACAAGAAGACGACAAAUUUGGUAAGAAAGAAAACGAAGGAAAACAAAAGAGUCCUCAAAAGGAGAAGGUUCUUCGUAAUCAUAACGUUACAUGUGAGAGGAGUACUUCAAAUACACUGAGAGAAGAGCAAAGGGAAAUCCUUGAAGUCUGCAACGCCAGAGGUUUAUCGAUAGCAUCCGGUGCUUCUGAAGAGGAUGACGUCCCUUUCCAGGAUUACAAAACCCCGGGGAAGUCACAUAAAUCACCAGAGACUGGUAAAAACCCGGAUAUAAGUGAAGAUAAACCUGGUAUGGAGGUUCAAGAGGAAGAUGUAACCUCAGUGAAAAAGGGACGUGGUGAAAUUGUACGAGAGGUGCUACAACACGCAUUUGUUGAGGAUAUUGCAAACAGGAGAGAAUUGGAAAGUGGCGAAGAAGGAAAAGUGAAAUUAAAAAACGACGACUUGCAAGAUCAUGAAAAGAAAUUUGAGAAGAAACCUUCACAGAAGCAGAUUCCUGAAAGUUUGAAUCCAGGGACUGAAGAACAGAAGAUCUCAUCCAUUGACGAAGACAACGAUUUCUUUGUUGAUUUGAGUGAAGAACAAAAACAAUUGACUGAGGACAAUAAAAAAGUAGAAACGUCUUCUAAAGAUAAGCGGGAUGAAGAGUUCUCGGGCGUCCAAGAACAGGACAAGAAAAAACUAAAGAGCACAAGGGAAAAAGGAAGCCAAAGACGAGUUACAUCAACAGAAGAUAAGUCUUCACCUGAGGAAGGCAACGCGAUUGAGCAGAGAAGCGCACACGAAAACACAGAUCAAGGGUCAAGAAGAGUCUUGAGAAGAAGAGCAAAAAAAAUUAAACCAAAACCAAAUGUUAUUGACGGCGAGACCGUGGCAAAGAAAUCCAAAGCCGGUGUCGAAUGUCAGAAAGGUAGCGAACCCGCCAUUUCGAAGACAUCAUCACCAGAAGUUAAUCCAUUUCCUCGUGACAUUGAGAUGUCAUCAUGUGAAAUUGAUCGCCCGGGUGUUGACAAGUCACGCCUCUCACGUGCGACGACAGCUCACAAACCUCUUGACGGGACAUCUCAACAACCGGAAACGGAAGUGCUGGAAGGGCUGAGUAAUGGGACAUCCGCUCACGGCCAACUUUCCAGAAAACAAAACAAAGGGAAGUUGGUUUUAAGCGACAAUUCAAUCAAAACGGUCGAAGAAUCAUUAUCUGACCAUGAAAAACCCUCACAUAGCGAGAAAUGCCAAAGUGGGCUUGAAAUUAACAAUGAAAAGGAAAAAGAUGACCUCCCCUUGAAGAACAGAAACAAGAGGCACACCGCGCAGGAGUUACAAGCAGUUGAUGAUGUCAUUAAAUCAAAGAAACAACAAGACGUAGGCACCACUGACAUGGAUUCUAACACGCAACUAUCGUGUCAGGCUAAUGAACAGAACUCGCGGGACACAGGUCGAUCAAGAAAAAACGGGCAAGGUCCCACAGAAUCAGGGGGCAAAGGGAAAAUAGUAUGGGGCACAAAAGAAAAUACACAAGGUGGCAAACAAAAGGUAAUUAAGAAAAGAAAACCUAGUCCGCGUGUCCGUGAGGUGUCCGCUCUAUCCGAAAAGCAGUGUGGCUCGACCUGCACCACAAACACUGAAAACCCCUCCAUAUUGGACUGCACCAAAAAACGCAAGACUUUAUUCAACUCGCGAGAAAAUUCUCUACUGGUUCAGGUGCCAGAUGUUCAGAUAUCGUUUGUGAAUAAAACUUUGUCGAGAAGCCGUGCAAAUGCUGGUAUUCCACCAUCCCUGUCGGCCUUCAUGAGGAGUUUCAUUGCUCCAAAACUCAAGAAAUCAAGCUGAUGUCACUCUUAGCGGGGUCGCCUUCUCCUGGAUUCUUUCUGUGUAAAUGAAGCUCCCGGAAUUUUUCAAAGAAUAAGCAGAGAACAAGGCUGAUAGUGUUUGAAAAAAUUCACCAAUGUACGAUCAAAACAGGGCUCGGAUUUAUGCUCAUGGAGGAACAUUUUAAGGUCUUUUUGUUUACGUUGUGGCUCUCAAAAAAUGGAGAUAAAAGCAGGAAACACUAAAAAUAGCAUGAAUUGAGCCGAAGUUUUUUUUUCGACGAUCGAUUACAAAAUAAGUUACGUCCCCAUUUUGAAAUGGCCCAUUACAUACGCCCUCGAAUUAGAAUUUGUGCAAGACACAACAACAAGGUUAGAUAUUACCGCGGUCAAAAAAUGCUUUGGUCUUCCGUGACAAUAACUCAUUUUUUAUCGUUAGCUGAAGUAAAAAAACAAUUGCGAAUAUGACUGAUCUGCGUAGUUUGAUGAAUACUUUUGACCGCAACUAUAUUGUAGCGAUGUUUCAAUCACAAAACUUGCAAAAAACUUAUAGACUGUCACACGAGAAGGCGAGAUCUAAACAGUAUUGCCAUUUGCGGAAGUCAAGCUGGCUACUUAGAUCUAUUUUAAUUUACACAUUUCUGUGUUGAAAAAAAAAAAAGUAUUUUGAAGGAGGAUUAUUUGUUUUUUAACUGUAUAUGCAGCAAUAUCUUUGACAUAGAUCGUAAGAGGCCGGAUCAUGUGUCAAUAUUAGGAUGUAUUUUGUUUUCCUCAGCGAUAUUUAGGUAUAGUACUGGCGUAUAUUAGCCUGUGUUUACGCUCCCUCUUUACCCACCCCUCUCCCCAAGAUUAUAGAAAGUUUUUGCAAUACCAUCCACCAUUGAACCCUGAAAUAACGAGUAGCUAUUGUGGUUGUAAAUUUAUCAUGUCUCAAAAAGGUGAAAUCAGCUGUGCUUGUUUGUUUAUUUUUCAUCCAUUGCAUGUUUUUGAUAUUUAAUGUUUUUAGAUGUUUAAUUUGCAUGCAAAUUAAAACCCGCGUGUUAUAAUGAUGUCAAGUAAGUUAGGCACAAUAUAUUUAAUGUCUCUUGGAAUAAUUAAACCUUUUUAAUUAUAACAAAGAUAUUUUUAAAACCGACCCUACUUUCAGUUCUAUAGCAUCUUACUUGUUUACCUUCCCUCUUCCCUUCAUUCAAGACAAAAUAACCGCAUUAAUAAAACAGACAGCAAACAGGUGGAAGACGUUACUUCGUCCCUUUGUGAACAUUUUAUUUCGCCUUCUAAUUUUUCCAUCAAGAGGGGACUAAAAAAAAAACCUCGUAUCAGCUUUUGAGAAAUGUGCGUCGAAUUAAAACCUGUCAUUAAGUGACAAUAUUUUUAAAUCCGCCCUCUUCCUAAAAGCAUUUGUCAGACAGUAAACAAAGUUCUGAAAUGAGUUACUUUCCUUAACAAGGUUUAAAAGCAAUUAAGGAAUUCUCAAUUUUCAUUUUGAGUUUCCUGAUGAUCGAGUCUCGUGUUGGUAGGACAGAAACUGUCCGAAAGGUCCAGACCGUAUCAGGGUGGGAUUUGUUUCUCUUUUUUUGUUUGUUCUUCUCUUUUAUAACUUUUUAUUCCACCGGUGAUUAAAAAUACGAUUUUCUUCCGGCUGUUGGCAAAAAGUAUCCUGUAAAGGGUAAUUUCGUGGACCACCCAGGGAAACUCAUCAAUUUAUUCAUUUUUACAUUUUAGGCUACGUAAUAUCAGCAAAUAUUCUAAAGUACACCGAUUGCAAUAUUAAAAGUUUGAACUCCAAGAACCGGUGCGCCGAUAUUUAGCAUUCAGUAAAAAGGAUUGAUGUUAUCCCAAUAAAAUUUCGUGUUACAACGCGAAGCCCACGCGUGACGGACACGAAAUGAAAUCUUGCGGUGUUUCGAGUCUCAUUCUGUCAGUGUCAAUUUUUUAUUCCUUCUCUAAUGGCAUGGGUUUCUCUGAGAGAAUUUACAGAUCGACAAAAGAUUCGAAGGUUCAAUCAUAACUCACGAAAAACUCUUUAGUAGAGAAAAUGUCCUGAUAUUGAGUUCGAUCCAGGAGAUAUUUACCUUGACUCAAUCAUGAACAUUUUAUUCCUCGGAAAUUUUCCGGAAAAUAUGGAAAACUUGGACCUCCCUGGGUGUUGGAGAAGAACGGGUGCUUUGUUUUAACCCGUAUAAUAAACGAAACGUUAAACUGAAUAUUAAUGUUCUAAACUGAAAACAACGGUUGUUAAGUAGCGGCUGAAUUCUAAAUUGAAAACUGUCAUUUUCUACCCGAAAAAAAAAUUGAGCUGGUGGUUAUGGGAGCAGCUUAUUUUCUUUUUAUGUUUCGCUGAGGUCUCUAAAAAAGCUCGACCUAUUUGUUCAGUUGAAGUUAUUCCAGCAAAAGCUUGAUGGCUCCCAACGGCUCCCAAAUACAAAAUCACGAUAACAAGCAGACUCCUCCACAUACUCAGUGAUUCUUCAUACUGACAAUUUUGUUCUCAGUUUGGUUUCGAAAUUCUCCUUAAAGAAAGAGAAGAAAAAAUGAAAAGGUAUUUCAGUUAUCUAAUAUGAACAUUCUCCAGGCAGAUGGAAGACAAAGACUGACUUGCUGUUUUUGUUUUUUCCCUGAAUUUCAUUGUUCGAAAUCAUUCAGUCGUUGACUACCAGCCAUAUUGACCUUAGCGUAUGCGGUGUAGGUGUUUUCAUUCAAGAAAAAAAUGAUAGGGUUUUUUUUUUUCUCAUAAUCUCCCAUUAUUUUGUUCUUGACAUAAUGUUCUACAAAUGCAGUAAAAAAGCAGGAAUUUUCGUUUUCCAUGCCAUCUUGCCCAGCGUGAUAACAUCCCAUUUUUCAGUUAGGACAGGUGGUUGAUUUUAUGAAUGACAACUUAAGGGUUUUUGGCACGCGAUGUUUUUCGCGAGGUGGUCUCUUCCUAAAGAUGGUCGCCACAGGAGGCAAGAUUGUUGGAAAAAAGGAACUAGCUCAUUUCCUCGAAAUUCUCUGAGGCAAAGUAUAUAUCAGAAUGUUUUUUUUUUUUUGCUAUUUCGAUUUGCACAUUGUGCUCAUACACAUCUGACUUCGCAGUUUUCUUUCCGAUUACUAAUUCAUUAGAAUCUAUAAAUACUUUCGCGAUAUCGCGCGAUGUCCAUGGGACGUCCACUCACCUGUCAGACCUGUUAAAACAGAGAAACGUGAACUGCAUCAAUUUGUGUGAUAAGCUAAAUGUGCUAUUAAGAGAAUUCUGUCAUUUCAGAGCUCAAGAGCAAAGGAAAUUUACCGACCUUUCACCUGUUCGGCUAUAAUUGUGGUCGUUUCCUCCAUUAUGGAAAGAUGAUAUGGACAAUUUUCAGACUAAAUUUGAAGUAAAUGAAAAACUGCGCCUCCUUUUAGGAUUAAGCUAUAAUUAACAUGACCCGUUUGAUGGUUGAGCAUGUAAAUUUAAACUUCCUCAAUUUAAAGCACUCUCUAAUCUUUCUUAUCAUCUUCAGCCAGUUGCUUCGGAAAAAUAAAAUAUUUUCAAACAAUUUUCGUUUGACUGAGUUCAUUCGUUGCAAUUACGCAACGUCCUUUUGUCUCGUUGGUCACUGCACCGAAAACCCUAUGUAGAAGCAAACUGGUAAAAUCGAGCAGUUUUGAAUUAUACAUCAUGUAUAAUAUGCUUUAUCGCUGGAAUAAUCAAACUUAGACUGGAUAUUGGAUAUGAUCUUCCACCUAAAAACACCUUAAACCUGUUUGAUAACUGCCACAAAGACAAUUGGUUUUAAAUUAAUUUCUUCAGAGAACUUCACGGAAGGACAAAGGUUUGUUUUGUCUUGUUUUGCGUCCGUUUGCUUCGUUUGUAUUACUAAGAGAAGUUUGAUAUUGAAACGAAAGAAGGUUGUGUUGAUGAUUAAAGACUUUGGAAGAUUAAUUUCCCAGAGCAAUUAGUCAUUUUUCUAAAUGAUUAUCGUAAUGAGUUCUUCGCUAAGUUGUUUUUUCGAGACAAGAAACAUUAUUCAAUAUAAUAACCGUCUUUAAACUAGACAGGUGGAAGAGAAUGAUCUUAAUUUGUGGAAAAGAGUUUGAGAAAACAUAACAGUGAGGCAAAGGAAAUAAUAGCGAAAGAGACGAUUCUAGAUCAACAGCUUAGCAGAAAAAAGGUUUUAGCCGACAUCAACCAGGGCAAUUAUGCAAAGGAAAUAAGAACGGGUAACUCAUUAGAUGCAAAGACUGUUGUUGACACGUCGCUAAAAAGUUCAUGUCUUCCGAAUGGUGGGAAAGUUUAUCAUAAUUUAAAAAGAGUAAAAAAUAGCUUUUUUCCCUAAUAAGAAGAUUAAAACCUGUUAGGAGAGUUCAUUGCUAGAAGAUCUUGAUUUCACGGUGCAAGCAUUUACAUCAACAAAACUAAGUUUUAUUAACACCGAAUCGUUCCUCUCUUCUUUUUUUAAAGAGCUGAAUAACAGCUACAAAAGUGCUUAAGUCAUCGAUAUUUAGGCUGAUAUUCAUGCAAGUUAUUCAUCGAUAUUUGUGCCGAAUAAAUGCCAGUUUUAAUAUUUGAGCCAGACACGAUUUGUAUUGCAUAACAGCUUUCACUGAGAUCCCAUUCAUGUGACUUUAUCAUCUGCCCUCUUCCGAUGAACAUGGACUCUUGUCAUCAAUCACUCCCCAAAUAUUUUUACGUUUAGUUGUGUUUAUGUAUCUAUGAUAUUUUUAGUGUGUGUGAGAGUGCUCAUCGAGCUUGCUGUCUGAGUUUUUAUCUCAAGUCCUUGGAAAAGUUCCUGGAUUUCCUAUCGUACUCAAAACAAUAUAAAAGUUAUACUGAAACACACGAAAAUGAACUUCGAGUUAAAUCUACCUCAAAAAUUUUAUAAUUAAGUGUAAAGUGAACUUGAUUAGAAAACUUCUGACCAAGUACGGUUUUCUGUUGUUACUGAUAUUGAAUUCGGUUUUGAGCACAAAGUCGUGGUCUACAUUUGUGUGAGCGAGCUUCUGGUCCAAUCUUGCGUUUUAAGAUGACUCUUAACAGAACUUAACACCUUUCCCGUCAAUAUUUCAGGUCGCUAAAGGCGUUUAUUGAUAAGACAGCUUAAAGUGGCAAUCCGCACAGUCUGAAAUUAUCUCUUUUGUGAUGCAGGCCGUAACAGAAGACUUGUUACACGUGGCUGAAAAAAAUAACGAACCUUUGCUCUUGAGGGCAGAAUUCUAUGUAGUUUUGUAUUCUAGUGGCAUGUGUUUACAUCAGUUCUUAAACAGUCACCUUCAGUUGAAGCGUGCUUUAACAACCUUAUUUUAUAUUCAAAUACUAUUUCCUCCAUUUUGAAUUUUUCAGUUACAACUAGAAGCCAAAUUCAUUUCAACUUAUCUUAAGUUGAUAUAAAUAUAAGGAAUGCGUGGUAAAGUUUACACCAAAUUUCUUCGCUGUGCGACAUCAAAAUAAAGUUUGUGUUAAAGGAAUCGGUGUCAAGACGAAACGAGGUGGCGUGGGUUUGGUGUGAAAACCGUAAAAAAUUCAAAGUGUGUCUAUAUACAAACCACUAAUUCAAAACUAAUUGCUCGUAAAAUCAAGCUAACAGAAUGCAGAUCAACCACGACACUAAAUCUACCGUGUCCUGAAUAAAUUUCGGACCGCCCUAUUCAUUAUUUAGUGUGGUUUCCGAUUGUUUCGCUUGAAAAAAGUGACCACAACAAUUCUGCCUUGUGACAGUCUUUAUAAACCCUCUCUAAAUUGAUAUGUCGCACACAUCUCAAAGACACAAUUUUCAGUUGAAUCAAUUUUUUUUUUUUAAUCUUAAGCCUCGCCGCUUUUUUAAAGGUGAGGGGCCGGAUUAGUUGUAGUGAAGAACUAAUUAAUGGUUAUACAAGGACCCCUGCCGACCUCGAGGGGCUAAUUUAACUGAUUGUAAAUGUGGCGAAGAGAACUAUCAAUAUUAAGUUCGAUUUUGCCGGACGAUAAACGCUAUAAACUGAAACAGUUCAAACCUCGCUUAAGAAUAACAUAGCAUAAGGUAUUUUACCGGCGGUUAGACUGAGAAGAAUUUGAUAUUCCACUGAUUCAAAGGAAAUAUUUCUUUUACGUUGCUGAUAUCUUUUCGUCGAACAAAUCUUUCCUGGCGUGAAUAACUUUUGUCUCACUUGAAAACUUGAUAGUUCUGUCUGACAGCUUCUUAAGAUC